GAAGGAGAGAUGGAGGUCCACCAACAAGAAGGAGAGACAGAGGAUCCAGCUACCCCUACCUCGAUCAUCCAGAACAGCAUCAACAGCACCAAGGACCCCUUCGACAUCGACCCCAUCAACCUCCAGAACACUGUCGACCCCAACGACCCCAUUGACCUCAACAUUCAGAAAUAUGGGUAUGGAGAGACAGAGGGCCACCUACAUGAAAGAGAGAUUCUAGGACACCAACAAGAAGGAGAGAUGGAGGUCCACCAACAAGAAGGAGAGACAGAGGGCCACCAGCAAGAAGGACAGACACAAGGACAUGAACAAGAAAGAAGGACUCUAGGACACCAACAAGGAGAAGACAUACAUAUAUACCAACGAGGAAAGACACAGGUCCACCAACAAGAAGGAGAGACUCUAGGACACCAACAAGGAGGAGAUACACAUGUCCACCAAAAAGGAGUGACAGAGGACCACCAACAAGAAAGAGGAACACAAAUCCAUCAACAAGGAGAGACACAAGUCCACCAAAAAGGAGUGACAGAGGACCACCAACAAGAAAGAGGAACACAAAUCCACCAACAAGGGGAGACACAAGUCCAUCAACAAGAAAGAGAGACUCUAGGACACCAACAAGGAGGAGAUACACAUGUCCACCAACAAGGAGAGACACAUGUCCACCAACAAGGAGGAGAUACACAUGUCCACCAGCAAGAAGGAGAGACAGAGGGCCACCAACAUGAAAGAGAGACACAAGUCAACCAACAAGAGAUAGGGACUCUAGGGCAUCAACAAGAAAGAGGAACACAAAUCCACCAGCACAGGGAGACACAACAAGAAAGAGGGACUCUAGGACACCAACAAGAAGGAGAGAUGCAGAUUAAUCAGCAAGAAGGACAGACACAAGGACACGAACAAGAAAGAGGGACUAUAGGACACCAACAAGGAGGAGACAUACAUUUCCACCAACAAGAAGGAGAGACACAGGUCCACCAACAAGAAAGAGGGACUCCAGGACUCCAACAAGGAGAGACACAAGGACACCAACCAGUCGAAGGAGAGUUCAAAGGAUUAGAACAAUCUGAGCAUCCACAAAACUGUGUAUCUCCAUCAAGUUGUUCCUCAGAUGAGGAAGAGCAGUACACACGCCCAAGAAGGUUCAUCUACCCUAACCUAUCUAAAUCAUCAAGUGAACUCCAAAAUCAUUUUGACAGUGAUGAAUCUGACCUUGAUCCAACAUAUCGACCAGAGGAGGGUAGCAACGAGGAAUACAGCAGUGAUGAUGAGGCAACUCUUGAGAUUCAUCCAAGAAAUGUUCAAGUGCGCAAGAGACCAUCUUCUGUUAUAUCUACACCUGAUGAAAAACCUACAAAGAUUUAUAAACAGUGCCUUCCAGGAUCAUUUUCAGGGCCAGAAUUGCCACAUCAGAAAACCAAUGAUAAUAUGGAAACGACACACAAACACGAGGACAAGAAAACAAGGUACAAGAAGCCAUCAAGGCCAUGCCCUUUCUGCAACAAAGCUUGUGGUGAAAAGCUCUCGAGACACAUUUGUUUGGUACAUAAGGAUAAGGAGCAGGUGAAAUCUGCCAUGCAGCUGCCAAAGCGGGAGAGAGACAAGGUGUUCUCAAAGUUCAGGAAGGAAGGCAUAUACCAAGUAAAUAGAGAACGUAUGAAAGAUGACAACCCCAUUUAUGAAAGAGAAAAGUUACCAAAAUCAGGGAAUGAUGACAACCUUAAAAUGUGCAGUAACUGCAAGGGCUUUUACAGCUCACAUUUCUUCUGGCAUCACAGGAAAGUUUGCCAAGGUGAUAUAUGCACUCCAUCUGAAGGAGUACCAGUAAACCUCAUGGAAGGGAAAGAUCCAGUGUAUCAAAAACACCCAGACUUUGUCACUGACAUACUUAGUAGAUUCCAGAAUGAUGACGUUGGGAAUACGUGUAGAACGGACAAAGUGAUAGUUAAUGUUGGACAUCGACUGUGGACUAAACACAGAUCCAAAAAAGACAAGAAACUUGAAGUAAGAAAAUCAGUUAUGGCUGAUAUGAGAAGACUUGCCACCUUAUACACUGAGUUUAAGAAGAAACACGAGGUUCAUGGGACUGCAGAUCUCACAAUGGGACAUGCUGGAGACAUGUUCAGUAGAGAGCACUUCGAAUCUUUGACAGAGGCAAUCCAGACGCUCACUUAUGAUGAAACUGAAGGCAAACUAAAGCCAGGACUGAAACUCUGCUUGUACUUUGUGCUGAAAAAAGCUAGCAAAAUCACUAAAGCUAGUUUUCUUGUAUCCAGGCUAGAUGAAGAUGCAUCUGAGAUUGACAAGUUCGUAGAGAUUCUUGACUUGAACCAGAAUUUGAUUUUUGGGGAUGCACACUACGAAAUCCAAAAGAAUCGCCAAGUGCGUUUGAGGAAGCCUGCAGAGCUCCCGCUUGAGGCUGACAUUGAAGCAUUGAAGACAUACACUCAAAAGAAAGUCACAGAAAUCAUCUCUGAUGAGUUCCUGGUUUGGGAUUCUCACACAUUUGUAGAGUUACGAGAUCUGACUUGCUCGCGAUUGACAUUAUGGAAUGCAAGGCGUGGUGGAGAACCCAGCAGGCUUACAACCGAAGAAUGGAGAGAUGCAGAAGAGGGUGUAUGGAUGCAGAAAGACAAGAUUCAUGAAGUUAAAAAUCCAGCCCAUCAGGAACUUUUAUCUCAGCUCAAGAUAUGCUACCAGACUGGGAAGGGCACUAAUCGCUUGGUUCCAGUCCUGUUCCCAAGAGACACUGUGAAACCUGUGCAACUUCUAUGUGAUCAGGAGAUCCGGCAUACAGCAGGAAUAAGACCUGAUAAUAAGUACAUAUUCGCUUGUACUCAAAUGUCUCAUGACCAUGUUGGAGGGUGGCAUGCUCUAAAGAAUGUCUCAGACAACAUCAGCCUUUCGUCCAACGUUACGGUGAAUGCCACCAAGAACAGGCACAGAGUGUCUACAAUUUACGCAUCCCUCGACUUGCCUGAUGCUGACUUGGAACUAUUUUACCGGCAUAUGGGACACUCCUCUACAAUCAAUCAAACAAUCUACCAGACCCCACUUGCCAUCCAAGAAAUCACCCGAGUAGGGAGUCAUCUCCAUCAUAUAGAUAUAGGAGGAAUGAGGGCACGCAAAGAAUCUGAAGCGUCUGAUGACGAUGGCUGCUCAAGUGCACCAGCGACCUCAAAGGAUGGCUGCUCUACAGCACGGGUGAACUCUAAACAUGACGACUCAACUCUAACGGUGACCUCUGAGGAUGGCAGCUCAACUACACCAGCGACCUCAAAGGAUGGCUGCUCUACAGCACGGGUGAACUCUGAGCAUGGCAACUCAACUCUAACAGUGACCUCUGAGGAUGGCAGCUCAACUACACCAGCGACCUCAAAGGAUGGCUGCUCUACUGCAACAUUGACCUCUGGGGAUAGGUCUUCAGCCCGAAGGUACAACCGCUGGUCAAAGCAGGGAAGCAAGCAGUGCAAGCAGUAUUUCUCUGCAGCAAUCAAACAAGGGGAACCAUUACCAGGGAGGAAGGCCUGCACCACUUUCCUGCAAAGACAUCAAAUCACCAUGGAAUGGCAGGCGGUAAGAAAUAAGGUGAUGAACGAAAGGAAUAAAGCAAAGAAAAACUUUGAUGACAGAGAGAGGAGCUUCCUAAACUAAUAAUAUUAGUUGGGUCAGAUCAUAUGGUCUGAUUAACAUCUUUUGUUGCCUUUUUUGGCACAAUACAUGUACCUUCACCUGUAUAUUCCAGUAGGUAUGUGGCUUCUAAAUGAAUAUUCAUGAAAGAGCUUGCACAAGGACUCAUCCUCGUUUUGUUUCAGUGUCAAGCCUGGUCCUUUAUCUGCACAUGCGCAACCUGUAACUUGCUCUAAUUUGUGAUAGAGCUGAAUUGAUGAAAGUCUAAUAUGGUGGGCAAAGAGGUCAGUUGAAACAUUGGUGUAAUGAUGAUUAAUGAGCCUGAAUGAAGUUAGUUUAUUUCGGUUUUCCCUGCCAUUGACUUAGUGUAUGUAUUAAAGAAAGUGCUAAAUGGUUAUAUAGUGGACAUUUUGUAACCUGGAUGUAUGCAAGUUAAAUGAAUAUUAAAGGUAAUACAAAGUUUUGGGAAUAUUUCACUAGGGUCGGAGAAUAACGUUUAAAUUUUCAUUAUCAUUGUAAAACCUUGUGUACGAAAAACCG